AUUAUAGUACUAAUUUAAUAUAAUCUAAAAAAAAAAAAAUGUAUGUAUUUAAUGUUUGAGUUUUAAAAACUUACUUGAAAUAUAUAGUAAGGACCUAAAAUCCAGAGUUCAAAUAUUUGUUUUAAAAACAUUCAAAUUUCAAGUGUUAAUUGUGAAAAAAACUAUUAUAUAAGUAUAAUGAAAAUUGCCAUUGAAGGCUGUGCUCAUGGAGAGCUUCAGCAAAUAUAUAAUACAAUAGGUUUGAUUGAAAAACGUGAUAACAUAAAAGUAGAUUUGCUAAUAUGCUGUGGCGAUUUUCAAGCAACCCGAAAUACUGAAGAUCUUUUAGCAAUGGCAGUACCACUUAAAUAUAGACAGAUGUGCUCUUUUCACAAAUAUUAUUCCGGAGAAUUAGUGGMGCCAAUUUUAACUAUAUUUAUUGGUGGAAACCAUGAAGCUUCCAACCAUUUACAAGAGUUAAGCUAUGGUGGCUGGGCAGCACCCAAUAUAUACUAUAUGGGGUUGGCUGGUGUAAUAAAUGUUGGUGGCAUUCGAAUUGGAGGAUUAUCUGGCAUUUACAAAUCUAAUGAUUAUAUGCGAGGUAGAUUUGAAAAGCAACCGUACACUGAACAAACAAAAAGAAGUAUAUAUCAUAUUCGGCAAUUGGAAAUAUUUCGUUUAAAACAACUGCGACAACCAAUUGACAUAAUGUUAUCACAUGAUUGGCCUCAAGGAAUAGAAAAUUAUGGAAAUUUACAACAAUUACUUAAAUACAAACCUUUUUUUGAAACAGAUAUUAAUGAAGGGAAAUUGGGUAGUAAACCUACAAGAGAAUUGUUAGAUGAAUUAAAACCCAAAUACUGGUUUUCUGCUCAUCUUCAUUGUAAAUUUGCCGCCAUAGUUAACCAUACAUCAGACAAUAAUGUAACUAUAUUUCUAGCAAUAAUAAUUGUAUACCAUUUUUUUAAAAAUAUAUUGCAUGCACAUAGGCGUGUGCAGACUUCAAUUUCCAGUCGAACUUAGAACAAUUUUAGUGCCUUAAUACUUGAACAGUGCUCCUCUUUAUUUUUUUAACACAUCAGUAUUAUAAACCUAUAAAUUAGUUUAUUGGUGAUAGGUCUAUGAUCAGUAUACAUUCUAAUAUUAGU